AUGGCCUCCUUCUUCACGGCCACCCUGAAGAGCUUCCAGGGGGGCAAGGACGAGUCUGCCAAGGGGGCCCCCAAGGAUGAGAAGGCAGCUGUGCUGCCCAGCACCAUGGGCCGCGAGGAGUUUGAGGAGUACCAGCGGCAGCUGCUGGAGGAGAAGAUCGAGCGGGACAAGGCGUUUGCACAGAGGAAGGCAGAACGGGCCACGGUGCGGAUGCACCUGCGGGACAAGUACCACCUGGCCCAGGACGAGCGAGACGACGCGCAGGUGCACGUGGCCGGAGGGGCGGUGGAGCUGCCGCCGGACCUGGCAGCCAUGGUGCACAGCGAGGAGGAGGAGGAGGAGGAUGGCGGCGCCGGGGCCUUCGCCUUCCUGGCGAAGCUGCGGCAGGUGGAGCUGCCGGCGCUGCGGGAGCGCGCCCUGGGCGGCGUGGAGCAGGUGCGGGACAGGUGCGCCCUGAUGUAG